AUGUUGGCAUGGAGCAACAGCAGCUCCAACGGGUCCUACGCCAGCUUCCUCUGGGUGGGCUUCCCUGGGCUGCAGGAGACUCGCGCCCUUCUGGUGCUGCCCUUCCUCAGCCUCUACCUGGUGAUCAUCUCUGCCAACGCCCUGGUCACCCACAUGGUGGUGGCCCAGCAGAGCCUGCACCAGCCCAUGUACCUGCUCAUUUCCCUUCUCCUGGCUGUCAGCAUCUGUGUUGCCACCACCGUGAUGCCCACCAUGCUGUUCAGCUUCUCUACCCACUUCAACCGCAUCUCCCUGCCUUGCUGUCUACUCCAGAUGUUCUGCAUCUACUUCCUCAUUGUCUUCGACUGCAACAUCCUCCUGGUCAUGGCCCUGGACUGCUACAUUGCCAUCUGCUACCCUCUGUGCUACCCUGAGAUAGUGACGGGUCAGUUGCUGGCUGGCCUGGAGGGGGCGGCAGCUCCCAGGAGCACUUGCAUUGUUGCCCCCCCCCUCGUGGGGCUUGCCUCCCAGGUUCACUUCUGCUGCUCAGACCUGAUCCACCACUUUGCCUGUGAGCACAUGGCCCUCAUGAAGCUCUCCAGUGGGGACAUCUCCCCGAACAAGACUGUGGGUCUCACUGUCCACAUCUUCAACAGAGUCCUGGACAUGCUGCUACCUGGAGCCUCCUACUCUCGCAUUAUCCAUGCUGCCUUCUGGAUUUCAUCAGGCAGAGCACAUUCCAAGGCCCUGAACACCUGUGGCUCCCACCUGCUGGUCAUCUUCACCGUCUACUCUUCCACCAUGUCCUCAUCCAUCAUCUACCGUGUGGCUCCCACCGCCUCCCUGGCCAUGCACAACUCGCUCAGUGCCCUCUACCUGCUGCUCCCAUGUCUGGUUAACCCUGUCAUCUACAGGGCCGGGACCAAGGAAAUCAGGCAGCACCUGGCAACUCUGUUCCAACUCUGUUCCAAAAGGCAGAGCUACGCCCCCCCCCCCCCCCCCGAGAAGCUCCAGCCCCUGCCCUCACACAGGGAGCUUCCCACCUGA